ACUCACUGCCCACAAGAACGAUCAUCACUAAUGGCCUCUCACCACUUGUCAUUCCAAUCACAUUACCCAAAAUUUUCUCUCCUCUCAUCAGUCAUUACCAAUUCUAGCUAGUUGAUUAUAUUCCACAGACCCAGUUGUCAUCAAAGUCUAUACUAUUCUCGUAUACAUUAUAUUCCUUUCUGUUCUUUUCUUAAAAUCCCUGCUCACGUAUAUCAAAUUAUCAAUCAAAUCAGAUAUUCAAAACAAAGAAGCCAUUUUCUUUUUUAGCAAUGGAUCAUGCAGCUGAAGCUCAUAGAACUGACUUGAUGACCAUCACGCGUCAUGUUCUUAAUGAGCAGUCCAAGCACCCCGAGGCACGUGGUGCUUUCACCAUCUUGCUCAAUCACAUUGUUCUUGGCUGCAAAUUCCUGUGCUCUGCAGUUAGCAAGGCAGGCCUUGCAAAACUCAUUGGACUUGCUGGUGAGACCAAUGUUCAGGGUGAAGAACAGAAAAAAUUGGAUGUGCUUUCAAAUGAAGUUUUUGUCAAGGCGUUAAUUAGCAGCGGACAAACAAGCAUCCUGAUUUCUGAAGAGGAUGAAGAUGCUACAUUUGUCAAUCCAUCAAAGCGUGGAAGAUAUGUUGUUGUUUUUGACCCAUUGGAUGGAUCGUCAAACAUUGACUGUGGUGUUUCCAUAGGAACAAUUUUUGGGAUUUACACGGUGGAACAUAAGAAUGACCUAAGUCUUGAAGAUGUUCUGCAACCUGGAGAGAAUAUGGUAGCAGCUGGUUAUUGCAUGUAUGGAAGCUCAUGCACGGAGGUGUCGAGCUUUAAACCUCGACAGAUACAGCUAUCGAGAAGCUAUCGAGGAGCUGUCGAGGAGACAGAAGCUUUCUUGAUCGAUCCACCAACUAUCGAGUGGUGUUGA